UGGCGCUCGGGACUGAUCUGGGGAUCUUGCAGGGAGGGAGGGUGAGGGGCACGCCGUACUGGGGAAGCGAGAAAGGAUGGCUUCGUGUGCCCCGGACACCCCGUGUUCCUGCGAUUGUUUUGUCUCUGUACCCCCGGCCUCGGCCAUCCCAGCGGUGAUCUUUGCCAAGAACUCUGACCGGCCCCGGGACGAGGUGCAGGAGGUGGUGUUUGUACCAGCAAGCACUCACGCCCCUGGGAGCCGCCUCCAGUGCACCUACAUUGAGGUGGAGCAGGUGCCAAAGACUCACGCUGUCAUCCUGAGCCGCCCUUCUUGGCUGUGGGGGGCGGAGAUGGGCGCCAAUGAGCAUGGUGUCUGUAUUGGCAAUGAGGCAGUGUGGACCAAGGAGCCGGUUGGAGAGGGGGAAGCGCUGCUGGGCAUGGAUCUGCUCAGGCUGGCUUUAGAACGGAGCAGCUCUGCCCUGGAGGCCUUGCGUGUGAUCACGGGCUUGCUGGAGAGCUACGGGCAAGGGGGCAGCUGCCGGGAGGACCCCACGCCGUUCUGCUACCACAACACUUUCCUGCUGGCUGAUCGGACUGAGGCAUGGGUGCUGGAGACAGCAGGCAGGCUGUGGGCUGCACAGAGGAUCCAGGAGGGGGCCCGCAACAUCUCCAACCAGCUGAGCAUCGGCACCGACAUCUCGGCCGAACACCCGGAGCUGCGGACCCAUGCCCUGGCCCAGGGCUGGUGGGGUGGGCAGCGCCCUUUUGACUUCGCUCAGGUCUUCUCCCUGACCCGGCAGCCUGUGCGCAUGGAGGCGGCCAAAGCCCGCUUCCAGGCCGGGCGGGAGCUGCUGCGGCAGGAGCAAGGGGGCCUCACGGCGGAGGGGAUGAUGAACAUCCUCAGGAACAAGGAGAGCGGCAUCUGCAUGGACUCUGGAGGCUUUCGCACCACGGCCAGCAUGGUGUCCAUCCUGCCCCAGGAUCGCACACAGCCCUGCGUCCACUUCCUCACUGCCACACCGGACCCAUCCCGGUCAGUGUUCAAACCGUUCAUCUUUGGGGCGGGGGCGGCCCAAGUCCCCCAGGUGCUGUCCCCCACUUUUGGAGCACAGGACCCUGUUCGGACCCAGCCCCGAUUCCAGACUCAAGUGGAUCGCCGGCACACCCUCUACCGUGGACACCAGGUGGCCCUGGGGCUGAUGGAGAGUGACCAGGAUCGGGGGCAGCAGCUCCGGCAGAAGCAGCGGGAUCUGGAGCAAGAAGGCCUGGAGGCUGCACGGGGGCUGCUGUCCGGGGAGCAGGCUCCACCUGCAGAGAAGCUGGGCGCCCUCUUCCAGGCCUUUGUGGAGAGGGAGAGCCAGGUAUAUGCCUGAGCGCCACGGCUCCUCCUGGGCUGGGGUGUGCACAGGACCCCUGGGGUAGGGUAGUAGGAUCAGCACAAGCCCUUCACUUCCCUCAGCCUCGUUCUGGGCAGCCAGCUCGGCCUUUGCCCAAAUAAAGUACGUUAUUUUCCUGGUCAGUGAA